AUGUCUUUACCCAAACUAUCAACUAGCACCAUGCGUACGCAUUCUCUUCAAAAUGAGUCUGAUUAUGAUCCUAAAAAUCACACCAUAUUUUCAUCAUACUCCUUAAAUCCUUUUCGUUCUGAAAAUAAUUUUCAUACCCCCGUAAAUUUUGUUAAUUCAAACACUGAAACUAUAACUGAUCAGAUUAGCAACACUAGAAUUCAAUAUACAACUCUUUAUACCGAAGCUGGUUUAAUUCGUCCUGUCAAUCUCACUAACAAUGGAUUAUCUAGUAACAGUCAAACUAACUAUGCUCCAAUUACGGCUGGUGAAAAUCAACAAAUAACGAAUUCAUCUCGAUCUGGAAUUCUUGAUGAACGAAAAUCCAUUUAUCGUUAUACAAAUAUUGAAAAUCUGUCAACCAAUGAUGAUCAUAAUCGUAUUCGUUUAACCAGGAACGAUCAAAGAUUCAAUAUUUAUCCAAAGCCAUCUUCACCUGAACAAUCAAUAUUCAAUCAUAAAGAAAUCUCAAAAAAAUCUCUAUCAAGAAAGGGUCGCUCGUCUUCGGAACCUCCUGUAAAAAGUAUUCAUCAUUCUCGUUCAAACAUUCAUCUUUCAUACGACAGUCAAUCAAGUACUAUACCACUUCCCACUCCAAUUAGAUCCUUAACAAUGGUAAAAAAUAAUCAAAAAUUAGAAAAAUUACAUAUCGAUAUAAAUACUUCUCAAACAACUUGGGAACCUGCUCAUGACAGGCGUAGAUCAUGUGAUUAUCAAUUCGACAAGGACUUAUAUUUACAACAAAAAAAUCAUUUAAAUUCCAGUACAAAUCUUAAUUCUCCAACUCUAUAUGGUUCAAGUCAAGGUUCAAUGCAAGAUCCUCAAAAUUUUUAUCCUCAUAAAUCAACCUAUUCAAGAUAUUCUGAUCUUAAACCACCUAUUGAAAGUUUAACUUUUGGUGGUAGUUCUGAAAACGGUUCUUAUGAUCAUAUUUCAAAUUUUUCUAGUAAUGGUUACGAUAAUCGUUCAAACAGGGAUACUACUGAUCAUAUUAUUGAUAAUGACCUUUCAAGGCAACAAAAUAGAAUUGAUGAUGAUGUUUCAAGACAACAACAAAAUAGAAUCGAAAUUGAUGUUUCAAGACAACAAAAUCGUCUUACUUUAUUAACCCCUGUAACAAUAAAGCAAAAAUUCCAUAUAUUUAAGAAACCUAAACAAAACUUUCCAACUUAUUUAAAAGCUAUUAAUGCUUUAGAAGAAAUGAAAUUCAAUGAAGCUAUAAAUUUAUUUACUCUAGUUUUAGAGAAAUAUCCUCAAAGUUAUUCUGUUAGAUGUGAUAGAGCUUACGCUUCAUAUCAAAUUGAAGAUUGGGAUAGAGCAAUGGAUGAUUUAAAUCAUGCUAUAACAAAAAAACCAAAAAAAGCUCGUGCUUAUUCACUUAGAGGUGAAGUUUAUCGACUUAUUUCUAUGUAUGAAAAAUCUUUAAUCGAUUUAAAUAAGUCUCUUAAAUUACAAAGGAGUAUAUUUUCUUUAAGAUCUCGUGCUGAAGUUUAUGUCGCAAUUCAUCGAUAUGAUGAUGCUCUAAUUGAUUUAAAUACUGCUUUAGAAAUUAAACCAAAUAAUGUUUUUACUAUAAUACGUAGAGCAAAAGUUUAUUUCUUACUUGGUCAAUAUAAUAAUUCUUUAACAGAUUUAAAUCAUGCUUUCGAUUUAGAUCAAAUUAAUGCUACAACCGCUUCAACUUUAUCUCAUCGUGGUGAAAUUUAUCGAAUAAUGGGUCGUAAUGAUUUAGCUCUUAUGGAUUUAAACGCUUCAUUACAAAUUGAUGAAAAUAUUUUAUCAUUAGAAAGAAGGGGUAAUGUUUAUAUGGCAAUGGGAUGUGAUAAUAAUGCUAUAGAGGAUUUUGAAAGGAUCUUAAAAUUUAAUUCUCAACAUUUUUCGGCUCAAAAGAACAUUGCAUAUCUUUUAUAUAAAUCUAAACUUUAUGAAAAAGCUCUUAAACAUUUAGAUAUCGCUUUACAAUUAAAAUCUGAUGAUUUCUUUUUAUUAAAAACUCGUGCUUCUAUUUAUCAAAAAACUGGUCGUUAUAAUGAUGCCAUUGAUGAUUAUAAUUUUGCUUUAUAUAUUUAUCCUAAUAAUAUAGAUUUAAUUAGAAAUCGUGGUGAAAAUUAUAGAUUAAUUCAAGAUUUUGAUAAAUCUAUAAAAGAUUUUACAAGAGUUUUGGAAUUAGAUUCAAAAAAUAUUUUCACUUUAACUAGACGUGGUGAAGUUUAUAGAAUGUUAAGACAAGGUACGAAAGCAUUAAGAGAUUUGGAUGAAGCGAUAAGAAUUGAUCCGGAUAAUUUGAUGGCACGAGAAAGUCGUGGUGCAAUGAAUAGAACAUUAAGACGAUUUGAAGAAUCAUUACGAGAUCUUGAUGAAGCAAUAUAUUUGAAUCCAAAUAGUGUAUUUGCACUUAGUAAUCGUGGUGCGGUUUUUUACAUGUUAAGACGAUGUAAUGAAGCAUUAAUCGAUUUGAAGAAAGCCUUAAAGAUUGAUCCGAAAUAUUCAUUUGCAUUAGAAACAAGAGCAUUAUUAGAUUUGGAACAUGCAUUAAACCAUACAAAAGAUAAAGCAUUUAAUAUUGAUUAUGAGACAAAAGCCUUGUGCAAUCGAGGUUCUGUUUUAGCUAAAUUGGGAAAUUAUGAUGAAGCAUUAGCUGAUUUUAAUAAAGUGUUAACAAGAGAUCCAAAUAAUGCAUUUGCCCUAAAUGAACGAGGCGCAGUUUAUGAGGCCUUGGGGAAGAAGGAUAAAAAGAUUGAUGUAAAUAAUAUGCUGGCAAUUGUGUCUGAAAAUUAA